AUGGGAGGAGUACAAGCAUCUAUGCUGCCUCAGGAAGAAGAUCUGUAUGAUUAUCCAUGGGAUAAAUCCAAUAAGAAAUCAAUACAAAUAGACUUGGCAAAGUUUAAGGAAUUGGAUGCCUAUGCACAGAAGGUGGAUAUCAGGAAUAGCGUGAAAAACCUGGUGAGUGUCUUGCUCAAAAAAGCACACGGGGACCUGGAGAAGGUCCGAGCCAUUUGGAUGUGGAUUUGCCAUCAUAUAGAAUAUGAUGUGGAAGGCUGCUAUAACCUGGACAAGGUAUCUUUUAAGCCAGCUGAUAUCCUUCAGUCAGGAAAGGCUAUUUGUGGUGGAUAUGCUCGACUCUUUCAAGAAAUGUGCAGUAUUGCAGGGAUACAGUGCGAGUAUUUGAGAGGCAGCUCCAACGUAAAGGGGAAGAGCAACCAUGCCUGGAAUGCUGUUCGCGUUGAUGGAAGGUGGCACCUCUUAGACUGCACCUGGGGAAGUGGCACUGUGGAUACUGCUUUUAGCAAGUUCACUUUCAGGUACGAUGAGUUUUACUUCCUUACCCACCCUGCUCUGUUUAUUAAGAAGCACUUCCCUGAGGACCCCAAGUGGCAGCUUCUGAAACAGAUGGUGACACUGGAGGAGUUUGAGCAUCAGUACGAUCCUGACUUACAUACAGCAGGACUGACCGGCGCAGUCAUAAGAAUAUCAACCACUGAAAAUGGGUACCUUGUGGUUUACUUCCUUACCCAUCCUGUUCUGAUUAUUAGCACUUCCCAGAUGAUCCCAAACGGCAGCUUCUGAAGCAGACAUCUGCACCUGCAGCAGCUUGAAUGUAAUCCGCCUACCGUGUAUUUUGAUAUCCUUCAAGGACAGUCACUUGUCUCUGGCAUCACUGCUAAACUGACCAUGGUUUUGAUGCAUUGAUUCAUAUACACAAACAAAAGUUUUUUUAAAAAAUGGAAAAAUAUAUGUAACAUGAUACUUGUUUCAAUGACCUCUGAAGUAUAUGCUAAAAAUCG